UUACGAAAACACGUAAUAGGUUAAAUACCUAUUCGUAUAUUUUGUCCAAUAAUUAUGUCAUCUUGAUGGAAAUUGACAAGAAAUAUGACAUUUUGCGUGUGUUUAUUAGAGACGGUAUAAAUUUAUAGACUAUUUUGAUAUCAGAUUUUCAUAUGAGUUAUUGUUGUCCACAAUGCAGUUUUACGUCGCAGUUCGAAAGCGCCCUGAUGAUGCAUCAGCAACUGCAUCAUCCCACCUCCAUCGAUGAUGAUGACACCAGUAAAACUAAGACUUUGCCGAAGUCACACAUAGUGCCUCGAGCUGGGUCAUCGAAAUAUACAGCAGAUAAAGUAAAGAAAGGAUUUCCAUUGGCCGCCCGAACCUCGUCUGCCACAAGAUUGUUCGACAGACUGCGCGCGCGCAUCUCGCGCAGUCGCGCUUUGUUCGCGCACGCUGAGGAAACAACGGAAAAUGACCUGCCAGUUAUCAGCGAGUCAUGCACAUCCAAAGGUUUGAAUUUGGACUCUGCGGUAUCAAAGAGCAGUACCAUCACAGCCACCCUUGGUUCUCUGGCCAUCGGUCCAGAGUCCUCCAACAGGGAGACAUUUGGUUGUCACCUGUGUUCGUUCGACGCAGAUAGGAUAACAGUACUAGACCGCCAUCUUCUCAACGACCAUAAAAUAGGUCUGGACAAUCUUUUAAAACUGGUCAUGGCUAAAACAAAAGAUGGUCUCUCCGAAAAUACAUCGCCAACCAUUUUCGGCGUUAGACAAACAUAUUACAAACCACCAGAUGAAAUUAUCGAAGAAGGAGAAUUUGUAAUAGAAACUGUAACACCGAAAAUUAAAAUAUUAAAACAUGCAGCUGUUAAUACGAAUUUAAAAUGGACAGAUAUACCAGAUUUGAAAGACAAUUGUCGGAUGAUAACGAAGGAGUUGGAGAAACUGAUGAAACGGCCGAUGCAAAUGGACAAAGAUACGUUUAUGAAUAAAAUGCAAACGCUGAACCAGUGCAUGUGCAGAUUUGUCGACUCAACUAAUACUCUAAAGAGAGUUUUGACGAAGGAUUUUGACUCUAAGAUAAGUGUUCGCGAUGAGAAAAGAGAGCCAUUCUUCGAUUUAGGUCUGGGAGAUCAAGACAGUCCGCGUGAUUGGGAACGAGCCCAUAGUGAGAAAUUGGAAAGAAGCAGGAAUAAAUAUAGAGAAAACAGGGACGAAAAAACUAAAUUUUCUUCAGAGAGCUUUUACUUCUGAUAAACGUUACUUUAAAAUAAAUUAAG